AUGGCUAGUAUAGAAAUAGUAUUUCCAAGAAAUGAACAACCUGGAAAAAUAAAAAAGUGGCGCGUAGCUACGGGCUCUAUGAUAUCUGCUAGAAGUGUAUUAUUUUUGUAUUGUCCUGUUAAUUCUAAUGGUGAUGAUACUCAAAAUUCGGAAGAAAAAUAUCGUUCUACACAAUCUGGUCGCAUCACACAAAUUUUAGCCAAAGAAGGCGAUACAAUACAACCCGGGCAGGUGAUAUUCCUAAUGACAGUAUGUACACAUCCAACGGUCAUUAAAGACUUAUGUGGUCGUUGUGGAGCUGAUUUACAAAAUGAAACAUUGAACAAAGAUGGAAAGGACAAAGUUAUUUCUGAAGCAAGCGUACCUAUGCUCCACAGUAUUCCUGAACUUAAAGUUUGUCCAGAAUUAGCUGAAAAAAUAGGCAAAGAAGAUGAACAGAGGUUGUUGAAAGAUAGAAAAUUAGCACUUCUUGUUGAUCUAGAUCAAACUAUUGUUCAUACUACUAAUGAUACAGUUCCAGCCGUAAUGAAGGACGUUUUUCACUAUCAAUUGUAUGGCCCUAAUUCACCAUGGUAUCAUACAAGAUUACGACCCGGUACCAAUCAUUUUCUUCAAGAGAUGAGUAAAAUGUAUGAGUUGCAUAUUUGUACAUUUGGAGCAAGAAAGUAUGCUCAUACUGUUGCUGCUUUGUUGGAUAAAGAAGGAAAAUUAUUUUCUCAACGAAUACUUUCUAGAGAUGAGUGUUUUAAUUCAGCAUCAAAAACUGCUAAUUUGAAAGCACUUUUUCCUUGUGGAGAUGACUUGGUUUGCAUUAUUGAUGAUAGAGAAGAUGUCUGGCAGGGUUGUGGUAAUUUAGUACAAGUUAAGCCUUAUCAUUUUUUCCGUCACACUGGAGAUAUUCAUGCCCCACCUGGUCUUGAGAAACGUGAUCCACCGGAUCAAUCGUCAAGUCCGGAAGAAGAAAUCGGAAGCUUUGAUACUGAAGAACAAAGUAUUAAUACUAAUAAAAAUAAUAAUGAAAAUGGUGUUAACGAUAAUGUAAGCGAAGAGACCCCUGAAGAUGAUAAAAAAGAAGGAAGGAAAGAAAUUGAUAGUGUAGUUAUUAAAUCACCAGAAGACAGUAAAGAAUCUGAUAAAACUAGUGAAACUGCAGUGUCUUCUGAAUCUUCCAAGGAUAAACAAUCAAAUGAAAAUGUUGAUAAUAAAAGUACAACAAAAACUAAAGAUCAAAAUAAUGAUGGUGAAAUAAAAUCUUCGGACGUGCCAUUGACUGAUGUAAAAAAAAGCGAUGAAACCGAAAUUGAGGAUAAUGAUCAUGAUGAUUAUUUGUUGUAUUUGGAAGAUAUUUUACGAAGAGUUCAUAAUGAAUUUUAUAAGAAUAUUGAUAAUAAUGACCGUAAACCACUUAGAGAAAUAAUACCGCAAGUAAGAGUUCGUGUUCUUGAAGGUUUAUGUUUAACAUUCAGCGGAUUAGUACCAACGAAUCAUAAGUUAGAACAGAGUCGUGCUUAUAAAGUUGCAGUAGCAUUUGGAGCUAAAGUAACACAGGAUUUGACAGAGUCUACAACACACUUGGUUGCCAUUAAACCUGGAACUGCAAAAGCUAACACUGCUAAAAAAAAUCCAAACAUUAAAAUUGUAAAUCCAGAUUGGCUUUGGUCAUGCGCUGAACGUUGGGAACACGUUGACGAGAGAUUGUUCCCUCUUACAGCUCAGGCAAGAGGAUCCAGAGUACCACCUCCACAUUGUAGUAGCCCAGAACAUGUAGAAGUAAAAGAAAGCGAAGUUGUUGAUAGUUUUGCAAAUAGUAUAAAUCCUUUAAUGUCAUUCACGCAAGAAGAAAUCGAUAUUAUGGAUAAAGAAGUUGAUGAUGAUAUGUCGGACGUAGAAGUAGAUAGCUAUGCUGUAGAUGGAAAAGAAGAAUUAGAUUCAGUUAUGGAUGAUGAAAGUGAAAAUUCAUCUGAUCUGAACGAUGAACUUUAUGGAUCACCUAAAAAACGCCAAAAAAUUCAGCGAAAUAGCUCGAGUGAUUCUUCAGAAGGCAAAGGUAAAGAUUAUGAUAUAAAUGAAGAUAAUGAUGAUGACGACGAUGAAGAUCCAGUUAUUCGUUUUAGAAGAGGGGAACCUUUGCCCGAUGAUUUAGAUCUUGGAGAUCAAGGAUCACAAGAUUCAGUAGAAAUAGAUGAUCCAGCAGAAGAAGAAGAUGAUAGAGAAUGGAAUGCUAUGGGAGCAGCGUUAGAAAGAGAAUUUUUGUCUGAAUGA